UUUAAAACAGCUCCUGCAUUUUAGGUAUAAUCAGAGGACCAUACACAGUCAAACUCAGUUUCUUCCCUUAUUAAACGGAUCCAAUAUAUUCCUAUUUUCUUGCUUAUUAACAGAAAACAAUUUACAAAGGAAAAAAAUAUACAAAACAAAAAUUACAGAAGAAGAAUGGGGAGUUUCCUUGAAAUUCUUUGUGCAGUUCUCAUACCUCCUGUCGGUGUAUUCCUCAGAUUUGGGUGCGGGUUGGAGUUUUGGCUCUCUUUGCUCCUGACGUUCUUUGGUUUUAUCCCUGGAAUGGUAUAUGCUAUAUGGGUUCUUACUAAAUAGAAACCAAAGAAUUUUUAUAUUUUUUUUUAUAUUUUCUUUCCAUUAAAACAAUUUAUCACAGGUUUUCAAAUUUUCGUAUUAUGUACUCAAUCAGUUGUUAUCUUUGAACUCUCUGUAAUUUUUUUUUUCUCACAAUAGUUUUUUUUGAUAUAUUAGUAAAGUAAAUCCAAGCAAUUCCCAGAAAUGUUAUGAAUUUUUUUUUGGA